GCUGCUCAGAAAUUACGUCGCAAUGAUUCAGUCCUCGUUGAAAACAUCAACUACAUUUGUUUCUUUUUUCACAUUGUAUUCUCUUCAAAAAAGUUAUUACUUUUAAGUGUCUUUAGUGUUCUAUCGUUACUUUUUGGUAUUAGAGCACUGAGGAGUAUAUUUGGGUAACUUUAAUUCAGAAUCUGAUUCUUCAGGGUUCCAGGAAUUCCAAAUAUUGCUUUUACUCGCAAAUUAUAAACAAAGAAAGUUAGCGGGAGAGAGUGAGGUAGUUUUAAUUUACUAAUCGCAAUUAACAGUAAUUCCAAAUUAUAUUUUGCAGACCUGAAAAAAAAUCUAAGGAUAUGGUUCGCAUAAAAAAUACCGCACGGAAGUCCACGUCAUGGGUAGCUCCUCAGCUUAUCACUAAAACACGGAGAUCUAAGAAACCACCCACACCAUCCCCUGUGAAGAGGCGCUAUCGUUAUCGACCGGGAACCGUAGCCCUACGGGAAAUUCGUCGAUAUCAAAAGACUACCAAUCUUUUAAUUCGAAAACAGCCCUUCCAGCGGCUUAUUCGUGAAAUUGCACAACAAUUCAAGAUGAAUUUACGUUUUCAAGCAUCAACUGUUGCAGCUCUUCAAGAAGCCUGUGAAGCCUAUUUAGUAGGUUUGUUUGAUGAUACAAAUUUGUGCGCAAUUCACGCUAAAAGGGUUACAAUUAUGCCCAAAGACAUGCAAUUAGCGCUGAGAAUUCGUGGUGAAAACCGAUAAAAAUUUAUUACUGUCAGCGAAAUCACAAUAAGACAUUCUUUUACUUAUGAAGUUUAAUAACCAGCGCGAUUAAGACGGCUGUGGACGCAGAAAAUACUUAUAAUUUGAAGUGUAUUAAGUAAUGUAUUUGAAAAAGGAAUUAGACAAAUAAAAUCUCUAUGAACUAACUAGAAAGUGUUAAGUUCAAAUAAACUUAA